AGUGCCUGGUGAAGAAUGUGAUGGGAUCACUAGCAUGUCUACGGAGAGCGGCCCUGGGACAAGAUUGAGAAAUCUGCCAGUAAUGGGGGAUGGACUAGAAACCUCCCAAAUGUCUACAACGCAGGCCCAGGCCCAACCCCAGCCAGCAAAUGCAGCCAGCACCAAUCCUCCACCCCCAGAGACCUCCAACCCUAAUAAGCCCAAAAGGCAGACCAAUCAACUGCAAUACCUGCUCAGAGUGGUGCUCAAGACACUAUGGAAACACCAGUUUGCGUGGCCUUUCCAACAGCCUGUGGACGCCGUCAAGCUGAACCUCCCUGAUUACUAUAAGAUCAUUAAAACACCCAUGGACAUGGGAACAAUAAAGAAGCGCUUGGAAAACAACUAUUACUGGAAUGCUCAGGAAUGUAUCCAGGACUUCAACACUAUGUUUACAAAUUGUUACAUCUAUAACAAGCCUGGAGAUGACAUCGUCUUAAUGGCAGAAGCUUUGGAGAAACUCUUCUUGCAAAAAAUCAAUGAACUGCCCACAGAAGAAACAGAGAUCAUGAUAGUCCAGACAAAAGGAAGAGGACGAGGGAGGAAAGAAACAGGGACAGCAAAGCCUGGUGUAUCCACGGUACCAAAUGCAACUCAAGCAUCAACUCCUCCGCAGACCCAGACACCUCAGCAGAACCCUCCUCCACCUGUGCAGGCCACAACUCACCCCUUUCCUGCUGUCACCCCAGACCUCAUUGUCCAGCCUCCUAUCGUGACAGUGGUGCCCCCCCAGCCACUUCAGACGCCUCCACCAGUACCCCCCCAGCCACCACCCCCACCUGCUCCAGCUCCACAGCCUGUGCAGAGUCACACGCCCAUCAUUGCAGCCACCCCACAGCCUGUGAAGACAAAGAAAGGGGUGAAGAGGAAAGCAGAUACCACCACCCCCACCACCAUGGACCCCAUUCAUGAGCCGCCCUCACUGGCCCCAGAGCCCAAGACCGCCAAGCUGGGUCCUCGGCGGGAGAGCAGCAGACCUGUGAAGCCCCCAAAGAAGGAUGUACCGGACUCACAGCAACACCCAGCACCAGAGAAGAACAGCAAGAUCUCUGAGCAGCUGAAGUGCUGCAGUGUCAUCCUCAAGGAGAUGUUUACCAAGAAACACGCUUCCUAUGCCUGGCCCUUCUACAAGCCUGUGGAUGUGGAGGCACUGGGGCUGCACGACUACUGUGACAUCAUUAAACAUCCCAUGGACAUGAGCACAAUUAAGUCUAAACUAGAGUCCCGUGAGUACAGAGAUGCCCAGGAAUUUGGUGCUGAUGUCCGAUUGAUGUUCUCCAACUGCUACAAGUACAACCCCCCUGACCAUGAAGUGGUUGCCAUGGCUCGAAAACUCCAGGAGGUAUUUGAAAUGCGCUUUGCCAAGAUGCCUGAUGAGCCUGAAGAGCCUGUCGUUACGGUGUCCUCUCCUGCGGUGCCACCUCCUACAAAGGUGGUGGCCCAACCCUCAUCUAGUGACAGCAGCAGUGAUAGUUCCUCUGACAGUGACAGUUCCACUGACGACUCAGAGGAAGAGCGAGCCCAGCGGCUGGCUGAGCUCCAGGAGCAGCUCAAAGCGGUACAUGAGCAGCUUGCAGCCCUCUCACAGCCCCAGCAGAACAAACCAAAGAAAAAGGAGAAGGACAAGAAAGAAAAGAAAAAGGAAAAGCACAAAAAGAAAGAGGAAAUGGAGGAAAAUAAGAAAAGCAAAGCCAAGGAACUUCCUCCGAAAAAGACAAAGAAAAAUAACAGUAGCAACAGCAAUGUGAGCAAGAAGGAACCAGCACCCAUGAAAAGCAAGCCCCCUCCCACAUACGAAUCAGAAGAAGAGGACAAGUGUAAGCCCAUGUCCUAUGAGGAGAAGAGGCAGCUAAGUCUAGACAUCAACAAACUUCCUGGUGAGAAGCUGGGCCGUGUAGUACACAUCAUCCAGUCAAGGGAGCCGUCACUCAAGAACUCCAAUCCUGAUGAGAUUGAGAUUGACUUUGAGACUCUGAAACCGUCCACACUGCGGGAGUUGGAACGCUAUGUCACCUCUUGUUUGCGGAAGAAAAGGAAACCUCAAGCUGAAAAAGUUGAUGUGAUUGCUGGUUCUUCCAAGAUGAAGGGCUUCUCAUCCUCUGAGUCGGAGAGCACCAGCGAAUCCAGCUCCUCUGACAGUGAAGACUCUGAAACAGAGAUGGCUCCCAAGUCGAAAAAGAAGGGGCACCCUGGGAGGGACCAAAAAAAGCCCCCCCCACGGCCGCCCUCCAUGCCACAGCAGACUGCUACAGCAAUGAAGUCCUCGCCCCCACCCUUCAUCACUGCCCAGGUACCCGUCCUGGAACCACAGCUACCAGGCAGUGUGUUUGACCCUAUUGGCCACUUCACCCAGCCCAUCUUGCACCUGCCGCAACCGGAGCUGCCACCUCAUCUGCCCCAGCCACCUGAGCACAGCACUCCACCCCAUCUCAACCAGCAUGCCGUGGUUUCUCCUCCAGCUUUGCACAAUGCGCUGCCCCAGCAACCAUCUCGGCCCAGCAACCGAGCUGCUGCUCUGCCCCCAAAGCCUACCCGACCUCAUCCUGUGUCCCCUGCCCUGGCCCAGCCCCCCCUGCUCCCACAGCCACCCAUGGCUCAGCCUCCCCAAGUGCUACUGGAGGAUGAAGAGCCACCUGCCCCGCCCCUCACCUCCAUGCAGAUGCAGUUAUACCUACAGCAGUUGCAAAAGGUGCAGCCCCCCACACCCCUACUCCCUUCUGUGAAGGUGCAGUCCCAGCCCCCACCCCCUUUGCCGCCUCCACCUCACCCUUCUGUCCAGCAGCCUCACAUCCAGCAGCCCCCAGCACCCCCAGGCCAGCAACCUACUCACCCACCCCCAGGCCAGCAGCCACCCCCACCACAGCCUGCCAAGCCUCAGCAAGUCAUCCAGCAUCACCCUUCUCCCCGACACCACAAGUCAGACCCCUACUCAGCUGGUCACCUUCGUGAAGCCCCCUCUCCGCUUAUGAUACAUUCCCCUCAGAUGCCACAGUUCCAGAGCCUGACUCAUCAGUCUCCACCACAGCAAAAUGUCCAGCCUAAGAAGCAGGAGCUGCGCCCACCCUCAGUCGUCCAGCCCCAGCCCCUGGUGGUAGUAAAGGAGGAGAAGAUUCACUCACCAAUCAUCCGCAGCGAGCCUUUCAGCGCCUCACUGCGACCAGAUCCCCCCAAGCACCCAGAGAGCAUCAAGGCCCCAGUCCAUCUGCCCCAACGGCCUGAGAUGAAGCCUGUAGAUGUAGGGAGGCCUGUUAUCCGGCCCCCAGAGCAGAGUGCACCCCCACCAGGGGCCCCUGACAAAGACAAACAAAAACAGGAGCCAAAAACACCAGUGGCACCCAAAAAGGACCUGAAAAUCAAGAACAUGGGCUCCUGGGCCAGUCUGGUACAGAAGCAUCCAACUACUCCAUCCUCCACAGCCAAGUCCUCAAGUGACAGCUUUGAGCAUUUCCGUCGAGCUGCUCGGGAGAAGGAGGAGCGCGAAAAGGCCCUGAAGGCUCAGGCUGAGCAUGCAGAGAAGGAGAAGGAGCGGCUGAGGCAGGAGCGCAUGAGGAGCCGAGAGGAUGAGGAUGCGCUGGAACAGGCACGUCGAGCCCAUGAGGAGGCACGACGUCGCCAGGAGCAGCAGCAGCAGCAGCAGAGGCAGGAGCAGCAGCAGCAGCAACAGCAAGCAGCUGCUGUGGCCGCAGCCGCCGCCCCCCAAGCCCAGAGCUCUCAGCCCCAGUCUAUGCUGGACCAGCAGAGGGAAUUGGCCCGAAAACGAGAGCAGGAGCGAAGGCGCAGGGAGGCAAUGGCAGCUACGAUUGACAUGAAUUUCCAGAGUGAUCUUUUGUCAAUAUUUGAAGAAAAUCUUUUUUGAGAGCACCUAGGUGACUUUUGCCUUUUUCGGGCAAAAAUAUUGACUCUCCAUAGUGUUAGGGGCGGCAGUGGAGGCAGUAGCAGCAGCCAGGGAUGCCUCUGGGCCUGGCUCUCCUGCAUGCUAUGCCCGGGGCAGGCCUAACGGGCAGCUGAGGAUCACAGAGCCCAUCUGCCUUACAGCCAGUCGGACAGACGUCCUACCACAUGCCCCUCAGAGGACGUCAGUUCAGAGCACGCCUCAGUAUGAGUCAAGUGCCGGCUGGACCCAAGGCCUGCGGCCCCGCGUGCGGGGCAGAGGCCCUUCUCUGCGCCAAAUGUCUACACAGUAUACACAGGACAUUGUUGCUGCCGCCACCGUGACUGGUUUUCUGUCCCUGAGAACAUGACGUUUGUGACGUCCUACCCAUUGGGAGUCCUUCACACCCCAGCCAUCGCUGCCCACUCCCAGGAGGCCAGGGCAAGCCUGUGUGGACUGGAACGGCAAGGCACUGGCCCAUCCCCUUGCUGGCACUGACUUUGCCUUGAACAGAUCCUCUCCCCUCCCCCCACAAGCCUUUAAUUGAGCGCCGCUCUCUAUAAGUGUUCGCUUGUGCAAAAGGGAAUAGUGCCAUGGAAGUGUGUGUCCAUUCAUGGCAAUUCGGAUAGAGGUGACUGUUCACAUACAUGGACAGGCCUCACCUGGGGAGUAAGGCCACCAACCAAAGUCAGUUCCUUCCCACCUGUGUUUCUGGUUUUGUUUUGUUUUGGUUUUUUCCUAUAUAUAUAUAUAUAUUUUUUUUUUUUUUUGAAUUCUAUUUUAUUUUUAAUUCUCUCUUCUCCUU